CCUGCCACAGUCCACCGAAUUUUGCUGACCCAGCUAGAUCUAAAUCUGGACCUGUCUGUUCGUGGUCUGUAUGACCUCACCAUCCAUUCAUCCUUAUUCAACAACAGGGGCAGGACCUCUCGAGGAAUUUCAGCUCACUUAAGGGGAACCAAGUCCAGUCAAGCCAACCCUCACCUUCCGGAUUGAUCGAGAGUCAUGAGCGCUUCCCAAGUCGCACUCCGGCGAGCUGCCAUCCGAUCUCAAGCUCGCCUAUCCGCCAUCGGUACUCAACGCCAAUGGGCCCGGUAUGCCAGCAGCACUCCCCGCCAAGGUGGAGGAGGAAGCAAGGUCCUCGUUGCCGCAACUAUUAUUGGCGGAGCUACAGCGGGAGCAUACUUGUAUCCCAUAAUGAAGGAAAAGUUUGGACCCGAGCCCAAGCCUGAGCCGCGCGUGGAGAAACCUGCUGUCAAGGCAGAGCUUCAGUUUGAGCAACCCCGGAAACAUGCAGAGUCAAAGGAGGAAAACCGCGAUCUCCUUAGUUCACAGCAUCUUCAGGUCAAGAACAGCUGGGAGCACCCCGGCAUCUACGCAUGGGGUUCCAACGUUGCCAAAGUCAUCGACCCAAACUCCAAUGAGAAAUAUGUCAAGCUCCCUCGCCGCAUCGCCCACUUCGACGGUCAGGUCCUUCGAGAUCUGAAGCUUACCCAGGACUUUGGUGUGGCAGUCACUGAGAAAGGCGACUUGGUGCAAUGGGGUCUCGGCUUCUCUAAGGAUAACCCUACACCCGUGCCUACACUCACGGGCAAGGACAUUAUCAAGAUUGACGUCUCUUUGGAUCGAAUCAUUGCUCUAUCCCGCAAGGGCAAUGUCUACUCUAUCCCCUCGUCGCGCGAUGACAUGGAGGGCGGCCUGAAGGAAAAACAGCCGAAGAGCUCCUGGUCCAUCUGGGGUGGCAGCGGCGCCAAGGAAAGAAUCAGUUUCCGCAACCUCACCCCGUCCGGUCUCGGCCGAGGCGAGACCGUCACCGAUAUCAGCAGUGGCCAGGAGCACUGUUUGAUGCUCACUUCGAAAGGACGCGUCUUCUCCGCGGCUGCUAGUGCGUUGGAGUUUCCAUCCAAAGGCCAGAUGGGCGUUCCAGGACUAAGCUGGGCCAAUCGGCCCAAGGGUCCCUAUGAUCAGCCCCAUGAAGUUAUCACUUUGAGAGGGUUCGACAUUGACCAGAUUGCUACUGGUGAUUUCCACUCGGUGGUGCUGGAUAAGACAGGAAAGAUCUUCACCUUUGGUGAUAAUGCCUUCGGGCAGCUCGGCUUCGACACCGAGUUUGGCCUCCACUCUACAGAAUCUCCGACAAUGAUGGCCACCAACAAGCUCUACGGAAGCCGCGGUUUAGUUCCUACGGUGACGUCUAUUGCAGCUGGUGGAUCCAACACCUUCUUUACUGUCGAUGCGAAGGCGCGUGUGAGCCAUCAAGACGCCGAGUCUCCUUCGCCAGCCAAGAACCUUCCCAAGGUCACGUCAGAUCUUUGGACUCUUGGCCAAGGCGUUUACGGAACGCUGGGAACGGGACGAUGGUCGCAUGUGUCUCCCAGGCCGACCAAGGUCAAGGCGCUCUCCUCUCUGUUUGAGUUUAACGAGAAGACAAAUAAGAUGAGCGCAAUCAAGCUCAAGUCUCUAUCUGUCGGCGCUACUCACUGCUCCGCCGUGAUGGAUAACCUCACUGAAACAUCCGCUUCGGGCAAAGGAAGCGAGAAUGCGAUCAACUGGGGCUCCGACGUUAUGCUGUGGGGCGGCAACGAACACUACCAACUAGGCACCGGUAAACGAACCAACAUGAACACUCCGACGUAUAUUGGGGCGUUGGACGCGGACCCGAAUGCGGUCAAGGAUGAGCAGACCGGGUUCCACCGACUCUGCGUGACGCCGCGAACGACGAUCCGGUUGGAUGGGGGCAAGGGCCGCAAGGUGACCCUGGAGCAAAAGAUGGAAUGUGGCAAGUACGUGACCGCAGUCUACUCUGCGGUACAGGCGGGUGGGUGAUACGAGAUAACUAGGCUGUAGUUGCAGCCUGUCUCGGAAAGGGAUGCAUCUCCCGAGCUGUAAGAAAUAAUGUAUGUCUAUCUACAAUACGAAGCGGGGGACACCAUGUACAGGGGGGGAUGGAUAUUUCCACCGAAUGAGGGGCGUUGAUGGGGAUUUUGAAACGAUCCAACUCUAUUGUACCAACUCUUGGCAAAUAAUGCCCUCAAAAUUGACUAU